CACGUUCUAAUAUUUACAUUUCUUGUUUCUCUAGUAUUUAAUGCAGACAUGGUCAUCUGCCAGUGGGUGUGAUAGCGGGGAUGCAACGUCUAUGACGCCGAAUGCCCACUGGUUUCACGUAAACAAUCUAUAUAUCGAUAAGCUAGUUACAAUCGAAACGAUGAAAGUAUGGUAUAAAUAUUCUAGAUACGCGCGUGGGUCAGCCAAGACCCCAGAAGUCCUCCUAGGGUUAACGGUUCUCCCAGCUUAGAGAAUAUGUGCACGCUGUUCCUGGUCACCUGUCCGUUUUUUUUUCAAACGAAACGCAUCGGAGUACGUGUCGCGAAGACAAAUCCUGGCCAACGUCGAAUCGGGCCCAAAGAGACAUCCCUAAAAAAGAAUAUCGUUGGAUUCAUCGCGUGCAUUUAAUUGAAAGCAAUUAUGCUUCCCUCGAACAAAUGAAAAUUUACGUAAUCGUCGAAUGUUUACUGUUUUUUACCGAGUAUCCAUAUAGGGAUUCAGGAACAGUAUGUUUUUUCAUACAUUUUUGCAAAAAACAGCCUGGCGAUCGUAACUCCUCUUGGGGACACUUCAACUUAGGUGCUGGAGGGUGUGACCGGUAGUCACACUGUGUUCACUUUGACAAUUUUUCUGCGUAGAGCUUAAGAAUGAUAUUACGUACGCAACGAACGCGCAUACUUAUCGAGAAUCAUCGUACCAUGCUGAUUGGAACGCGGAAACGAAACAUCUGUACUAUAUGUUUUUGUGCGAAGCGAGGAAAAUAUAUUGAGGGUUGUCGUUGCGAAAAACUGGAAUUAGUUAUUUUCCCUUAUCUCGAAUUUUUUGGAUGAUCACGAAUUACUUAAGGUCAACAGGGUACUAUCUUCUAAUUUUUUUCAUUUCUAAUCUUGAUUAUAAUUACGCAUCCACACGAAAAUAUACGUAAACGAGUAAUCGAAUCAGGUGUAUCGGUUCUGCCUGAACCGUACGUCAAAUUUUUUCUCCCGUUUCAUUGUUCCGUAGGGAUAAUUUUGUUUCAUGCCAAUAGUCAGUGAUCUGCCAUAUUUUCAUCGCGGUGUUCGUUGAAUUCUUCCGUUUCGUAGAAUUACCAUUCGACUAUCAAUAUGUACAUACUUUUCGUUCUUUCUCGUUCGUAAGGAAUCCCGAUCGGUUUGUCGCGGUGAUCGUCGCGCAAGAACGGAUAUCUUAAGACCCGCGUCCGUUAAUACGAAAGGAAUUAGUGAUUUCAAGAAACUCAAUUCGUCGUGUUCGCCCAACAUUAAUCGCGAAUUUGUACUUUAAUAAAUUUUAAUCUUGUUCGUUUCUUCGCCACUUUUCCCUGUGAGUUUGUUCAAAGUUAAAAAUGAUCUUGGCUCGUCGGUCAACGUCGCCGCGGACGCAGCGGCGCGUCUUAUGACGUUUCCUCGUCGCUCGACGUCGCUGAUAAUCAUCGAACACGACUGAUCUGCACGGGAAAAUUGAAAGAGCGUUUCUGACAUUAGGUAAAAGUUAAAUCUAUUUGUUAUCGUAAGUAAUCAAGGCGAAAAAGUGCGCAUAGGUUAGAGGCAAAUGACAACUGACAUAACGGCUAUAUUCGUGGUCGAAUCCUUCGGCCACGGCCUUAUCGAGAAUACCUUUUUUUUAAUUUCAGUCGGAUAAAUGAUACGAUAUUGCGACGACGCUCGGGGAACCGACAUCCUUGACGAUACGCCGAGAAAGAUAGGUAACUUCUAAUAUACCAGUAGACGAUUACAAGAUCGCAAAUUGCAGACUUCCGUGAGAAGUUGCAGCGACGGAGCGGGUCAACUCAUAAGUAAUGCGAGUAUUCGUGUCUUUUCGUGGGAUGCCAAGUGAAACUAUUUAUUUAGAUUCGUUAAUCGUUGAUACCUUUUUAUUUUGAAUGUUUUCUAUGAUACAAUAUAAUUAUAAUAAAUAAUAUUCCCUAUAAUAUCUGUGUGCAUAUGUAGCACAGAUGCGUGUUAUAAAAUUGUAGAUUUUGAGUAUAAAGUAUUUAAAGUACUAGUUUUCUAUGAAUCUUUUUUUCACAAAUUUUACACUCCACAUGUUUUAAUCAUAUAUAUGAUUGAUUAGAUAUAAUUACAGUUACUAAAUAACUGUGCGUAUUCGCAUUACUUCGGUAACCCGAAGAUAAAUAAACGUUAAGAAAAUUUCUUUUUGGAACAGACGCAGACAUUUUUUGAUCCGGGGGUUAGGUGGAUCAUGCACCCAACAGCUGCACGAUCCAAUCGAUCAUCCUUGCAAUCCUCGAUCCCAUCUACGUCCACGCCAUCCCAGCUCCUGCAUCCGCAGCAGCAACAAAUCCUUUAUGGUCCCAUCGUUAAUCCAAUGCUAACUCUUCAGCCAUGCGGAACUGGUUUGCAUCCGUCGUGUAUCUAUCCAGGAGCGCAACGUAACGCUGGCCUACCUAAUCCUAUUCCUUUGCACAUACAAGGCAAAGGCAACAGAUGGCUACCGAAGAAUAAACUGGUCAGAAAUCAGCAGUACUGUCAGCAACAGCAACAGCAGCAGCAGCAGCAGCAGCACAUUCAGCAACAGUUAUCCUACAACCUGAAACCUCUGGUCGUGUACGAUCAAACGACGAACAAUGCUCCACCAGCAGCUCCAACCGCUUCAUUCCUAGUCGCAUCCUCGACAUACACGCACGGCACCUUCACUGGAGACCAGUACAAUUCUGGGGUCGCCUUGGUACCUCAACCCUACUACAAGGCACCGGAAGUGCCAGCCUACUGCCUGGUACAAGACCAACAGAACCCCCAGCAGCAACAACCACCGGAACAACCGUCUCAUGGGCCCUACUACAACAUCUCAGCGAACAACUGCAAUUUGCAAACCGUCAACACUCAUUCGACCUAUCAGUUCUCCAACCUCAGUCCCUACACACCUUCGAGUUACACCAACAACCAAGUCACUGGACCUGUUCAGCCGGUGCAGUCUCAGAUCUUCCCAAAUCCUGCAGUAAACGUAGCUUACGGUGGCACUCUGAGGGAUAAACCUUCUAGCGUCACCCACGACGUCUCAGCCUUCAAAUGCACAAAAAGUAAGGUAUCCACCACCGAGGAGUCUCAGAUAGCCCCGAUCGUGACUGAGAGCUACGAAUGGCCGUUUCAAGCAAUCUCCACUACGAACAGUCUCUUCGACGCCAAGCUUGUCACCGAUGAAGCCAACCAAGAAGCUUCCACCAACUCCCUGGAAAAAGCCCCAACGAUCGCAGCCACGAAGACCCAAGAAGAACACUACUCGGACGAGUCCUCCGCCAGCUUCGAUUUCGCCAUUGACGCUGAAAAAAUGGUCUCGGCCCUCUGCAAUACGUCCUCGAACGAGCUCUGUAAGGACGAGACGAAGGCCAAGCCCAGCUCAGCUCCUCUGUUCAGUGGAGCUGGUGACACCAUCUCGAACAAGAACGCCUGGUUCGCCGAUUUCUGCAGGAAUUACGGCACCUGUGCGUCGGUAGCGAUCCAAACCGAUGAUUCAGGGAUCGAGGGCGCCCAGUAUCCCGAAUUGCUGAGGAAGAUCGUUUACUGGGGCUGUACGGAAGCUGAGAUUGUCCUCAAUGACAGCUCCAAGGUCAGCCACAGGUCAGGCUGGCUGAAAAACCUCUCCGCCGCUACUAAAACUGCCGUAACGAAAUCAUCGACCUGCUUUCCAAUUUUCGCUGGGGAUCACGUCUUCGUCGGCGACCUGAUAAACGCGCUGCUGCGCAUCAGCAACGGCUGGCUGAUCCUGGACAACUACUUGAACAAGCAGCACUACCCAAGUUUGGAAGAGAAGUUCGACCAGGAGCUGAUCAGGUGCUUCCAAUCGUGGGAGAGGAACACUCACGAACUGCUUGACCAGAUUGUCCAGACGUUUCUGAAGGUCGGAGGUAGCAGUGACCUUGCCAACGUUGAACAGAAGUCGGAAUCGUUCGGAACCUUCUUCCCAGGUGACGUUUCCGUGUACACUAAUUGCGACCUGUUCGACCCGUCGUCGAAUCUGUCCCGUCAGGAGAGCGUCAACAGGAAAAACGAACGGAACUCGUCGUUUAACGGAAGCCUGCGGGUUCACUACGACCAGGAGAAGCAUUCCCCGAAGGAGUCGAAAUCGCGAAGUAAGUGGACCGUUGCCAAGAACCUGGCAGAGGUGAAGAGUACAAAAUUCGUGCCUGAUAUGUUCUUAGGCCACGCGGAAGCUGGGAUCAAAGCCAGCAGCAGAUUCCGCUCGCGAGCUUGCACUUCCUCGAAGGUGGAGGGUACGGCGCAGUCCCUGAACGCGGAGUUCUUUCACCUGCGGAGCAAAGUGCUCACGGAGAACAACCAGGACUACUCCCGGCAGUGGACGUUCAAGGAGAGAAAGCAGGAGUACCUGGAGGACAAGACAGCGCCGCAGGAGAGCCCUGAAUCCAUCUUCAGGCUUCAGCGACAACUGGACGAGAGCUACGAGAACAAUUACGCUCAGAAGUGUCUAUCGCGCGUGGAGUCGUCCUUUCUGAACCCGUCCAUCAGCCUAGAGUCUAUGUACUUCACCUCCAACAACGACUCCGAGACCUUCGACCCUGGCUACUCCGUCUGCCCCUCGUAUCGGAUGGACUACGGUGAGAGGAGCCUGAAGAACUUCGACCAGAGCCAAGGCAACAAGGCUAACGUUGACCUGGUGUACGUUGGCAAGUCGCCGACAAGUCAGCUGGAGCUGGCAGCAGUCCCCAAAGAUAAAAUGACAUUGCUCAGCCAGAUCGAGCCCAGCGUCCCAGACAAGUCGUCGGAAGAGAUGACCGCCAAUUUGUCAGCCUGGUUCGCCAGCAUGAGGAAUCCCGACAGUCGUCAGAUGCCGUUCGCGAAUUUGGGGGAGACGAAGGCUGGGAACGUCGUGCCGCGGUUGCAGUCUCGGCAGGAGUUGCCGAAGACCACGAUGGAUCUGGGAAACUGUAUCAGGCAGCUGCAGAUCGACGCCAAUCGUCAAUUCCAGACGUUGCAGAACAUGCAGAGCAUUCAGAGCGCCCCGUGGAACGCGUACAACUUGAUCAAUAACCGCGUCCAGGCGCAGGUACCCGAAGAGUACGACAGCUCCGAAGAUGGCCGAGUGUACAUGAAGCCUGGGAGUUAUAAUGUCCCUAAGAAGAGGCACCAAAGACGAUCUAACCGUCGUUUGGACAACUCCGCCGCUAGAAACGUCGCCAACACGCAUCGAAGUCACUAUGCGAACAAGGAGAAACCCUUCGGGGUCCCUACCUCCUCUACGCCAGUGUCUCGAGCCACGACGUCGGCUUUUCCAAGCGUCGAUAACCCAGUGAACACGGCGAUGAAAUUACCUUUCCCGGCUACCCCUAUCGUGCCACCUCCAGCGUUCUCCCUUGAGAAUUCACCCCGAAUUUUGAAACGCUCCGAUGGAGCCAACUACGCGGUUCCUCAGGAUGUCACUUGGAGGGCAGCCUGCGCCUCGGCAGAGAUCUUGCUGGAAGCGUUGAACGUGAAGGACGAUGGUAAUUCCAAGAAAGAGAAAGCUGACCCGGACGAGGAACGCGAGGAUGUCAAGAAUGCUGUGGACGAAAUGGAGACGCAACUAACGCAGAGUCAGGAGAAGUUGCAGAAGGGUAUCUCAAAGGCUUUGAAGGAAGGCAACGAUGAGGGUGGCGCUUCUAGUUACGAAGCUUCCGAGGAUGACUCCGGAUCUACCUGUCGGUUCUCCCCUGACGCCAGCGUCAAUGAAACUUUGCAGUCGGAGAAUAGAAAUAGUUCCAGUAAAACGAACGUAAAGACGGACUCAUGGUUAAUCAGAACUUUGAACAACGCUAGCAUGGUGAACAAGCAGAAGCGGCGUGAAAACAGUUCUGAUCGUCAUAGUUCAGGAUCCUCGAACAGCUCGGCGAUGGAGGACGAGCAAACGACCCCCAUUUUGUCGUUGGCGACUGCCGCGACGACAGUCACGACGACUGCGACGGUUAAAAGCCUCCAACAGACGAGCUGUACCAGAAAAAGCUGCACCAUCUUGAACAACGAUCGAGAAACGUCCGAGGAGUUCGAACGAGUCGCUGGCAAAGCCACUUAUUCCGAGACCGUUCGUCGCUGCACAGCUCUAAGCUCGUCGCAAUCGGAGAGAAAAGAGUUUGGCAAAAAGGGAAAAUUGAAUACGGCUAACGCAACGGCGAUCGGCAGCCCCGUGAUACCGAUUCCUGGCCGCAGGUGUCAGAGGAAGGACCCAGAGAAGUCGUAUUACCUCUUGCACAACAGAUCUCGGAAAUGUUCUGGGAAGAAGGCGACGAAACGUUGCGAAGUCGUUGAUCAACAAGCGGAGGAAAUGUCCUGCGGCAAGUUCAAGUUGCGAAACGACGGUACGAAGGAGAAUUCGUUAAUUGUUCCAUCCUCGACGUCGCAGACUGUAGCAACGACGAAGCACGGGAAGAAGAAAGAUGGCGUCGGAUGCGUGGAGUUCUUGGACGGAAAAUAUGGGGGGAAAAGUGGCGAUCGGGGUUGGUCCGUUUGGUACAGCUCCAAAAGAAAGCAAAGUCUCAGCCCCCUUGCUCUCAGCAAGCUGGAGAUGAUACAUAGGACUGUUUGGCAAAUGGAGGAGGCGGAAAUCUUCAAGUGCCCUUCUUCGGGAGACAGUGGCGGCAGCCAGUCCUCUGCGCACACGAUCGAAGACUAUUGUACAGUCAUCAAGAGCCCAAUGUUCCUUGAAACUGUCGAGUACAAGCUGAAGAAUCGAGUUUACCAUAAAGUAGAGCACGCGGUUCGAGACUUUCGUCGUAUCGUUUAUAAUUCCAAACUAUAUCACAAGAACGAUCACGAUCGAGUUAAAACGAUCGAAACGCUGUCGAAGAAACUGGAGGAAUUAUUCGAGGAACAUUUCGCCAGUUGGGACUUCGAUAAUAUUAGCGGUAGUCCGAGAGAAGUUUCGCCGGUAUUGAAUCGAUUUAAAUCGGCUGGAAAAAAGACAUCGACCGGACGUUACGGUAACGCAAAGAGAAGUCCGUCUUCUUCGGUCGUGGAAAAUGUUUGAUUCCCUUAUUGCACGCUUCUGCGGAACAUUGUUCGAAGAAUUGUCGUGUCUGUGACUCACGGUGAAGUUUCGUUACACGUCUGCAAUUUAUAUUACCAUUAGAUUGAGAAGAAACCGAUUGCAUCGAAUUUUUACGAGUCUGAUGGCUGCGAAGUCAAGUGCAGUGAGUCUUGUUUAAGAGGCAUGGCACUGAUUUGAGCACACGCUUCGUAGACAAGAUUCACUGUAAAUUUUCGAGUUCAUCGUAAUAACUCACUCUAGUCAUGCACCAGUUCGUAUCGUUAUUAUCAUAAGCGUUCUACGUGUUCCCUUUCGCGAAGCAACUUUACUCCGUUGAAGUUUUUCUUAUUUGUUUCCCAAGAAACGCGAAAGUUUAAACGCUUGGACUUUCGAUGCGUGAAAACUAUGCUACACCCGUAUGGAAUAGUUUAAACAUAAGAAAUCAAUCAUUUCCCUUUUACAUUAAUUAAUGUUACACGACAGGAAAUAAUAACAAUAACGAAUACUCGACGAUAUCACGAUGGCCAAUGACUUGAAGUUUAGAAAUAUAUAAUUACUGUUAAUAAAACAUACCGAUUACCCUCUUUUGAUAAGUUUCACUGGAAUUAAACAAAAGCGAUGCGAAUACUUGAAAUACACAAUGCAAAGAGUGUAUUAGAUUGAUGUGUAUGAGAAUUACAGGUCAAUGAAAGGAAUAGAAAUAUUAUAACAUUAAAUUGUACUGUUACACGCAUAAAGGA